UCAAAAAUAAAUUUUUAAGGAAAUGUGACGUGUGGUUUGAGAGGAAACUGAGGUCAACGUCGGGAUUUUUGGAGAAGAUCAAUCAAAUAAUUCAGAAACAAAAAACGAUAUAGAGCUCGGAUUUGCGUCAAUUGAAAGGACAUCAAUCAAGCUACGAUUUGAAUAUAAAUAAGUCGAUAUUAUCUUAAUUUUGAUCAUUUUAUAGCAAUUAUAAAAAUACACUGAAAGAGCAUUGUAUUGCUAAAGAGCAUUAGCCAUCUUCUAAAAUUUCGCACCAAAAUAUCUUCACGAAAAUUCGACGCUAAACGUUAUCGAAAAAUUUACAUAUUUACGAUCUCAAUUAAAUGGUGACGCAUUUAAAUUAAUCGCAAGUUACGAACGAAUUCAGAUUAAAAAUUAAAGAAAGACAAGAUAUCUAUCAAUGUACAGUUAUUCAAUUACGAGAUAUUGUUAAAUCGAUUAUUGAUCAAUUGAACGAAGAUGAUAGUGAGAAACUGUCUCAUAACAAAUUAACAACUAACGAUCACUCUCAAUCAAACAUUAAACCGCUAAUCGAACAAAUCAACGCCGAAAAUAAGCUGAAUUUUCAGCCUGUUUGCGCCUUUUGUUCUCAAACCACAAAUACGUUAACACUUAUCAACGAAAAAUCAACCAAGUACAAUUCAAACGAUAAAGCAAACGAUGCUUUAAAAAAUUCCAGUUUGAAUAAAUUUGUCUUGUUACAAACUGCAACAACGAUUGCUCAAAAUGGACAAUCGAAUCAACAAAUCCGGACUCGUAUUAUUUUAGAUGUUGGGAGUCAACGUAGUUUUAUAACAGAAAAAUUAUUCAAGCAGCUCAAACUUCCAGUUAUUCGCAGAGAAACGAUAUCUCUAUUUAAAUUUGGAGCUGCUCAAGCGCAGACUAUUGAAAGGCCAAUAGCCAACGUUGAUUUAAAAUUAAUCGAUAGUCAAUUUCAAAGGAUAACGGUCAACGUUGUCCCAACAAUCGUCAAUUCAAUUCACCGAGUUCCUAUUAAUACACAAGAAUUUCAAUAUUUAAUCCAAAGUGUAUCCUUGGCGGAUCCACUUCCAACAAAAGUUGAAAAUUGUAAUGCAGAUAUUCUGUUGGGCAAUGAAUAUUAUGAUCAAUUUACGAUGCCCGAACGUAUCAAAAUCAAUGAGCAAUUGUAUUUGCUCGGCGAGAAAUUUGGACGGAUACUAUCAGGUUGCAUUUCCACAAUCAACAAGUUCAGUAAUCGACCAGUUUCCCUAUUCGUUUCGUCUCUGACAACGGAUUUGGGUCAAUUAUCCAGCGGAUUUCUCAAACAAGAUGACAAUCUAAGUCCGCAAGACAAAAUCGAUUGUCCGGAUGAUGAAGUUGCUUUGAAACAGUUCAAUGAAACUAUACAAUUUCAAGAUCAACGUUAUUUCGUUCAAUUACCAUGGCGUAACGAAAAAAUCGAUUUACCUAACAAUAAACAAUUAGCGAUUGGUCGCCUCAAUUCUCUGGUUCGAAGAUUCCAUGACAAACCUGAGCUACUCAAACAAUACGAUUUGAUUAUCCAAGAUCAAAUUGACAAGGGUAUAAUCGAAGAAGUUCAAGAAUCGCAUGUAGAUGGUCCGAUCGUCCACUACAUACCGCAUCAAGCCGUUAUUACGCCAACCAAAACCACAACCAAACCUGAUGUUACGGCUUGGGUACUACGAUUUAUCAAUAAAUCAAGAAAACGCUCAAAAGAAAAUAGUAUUUUGUCUGUUGAAGAACGAUCAAAGGCAAAAUUGUAUUGCGAAAAAGUUAUUCAAUCGAAUUAUUUGAACGAGGUUAUUGAAUCAAUUCAAAAGAACAGUUCGAAUAAAUUAAAGAAACAAUUAGGUUUAUGGUUAGACCAAGAUGGCGUAAUACGUUGCGGCGGUCGUUUAAAAAAUGUAGAAUCGAAUGACUGUUGCGAUUUUCCUAAGCUGUUGCUGAAGCAUUCGAGCUUUACAAAGCUAGUCAUUCAAGAGUACCAUCACAAAGUUUUACAUUCGGGGGUUAGCUCAACUUUAUCUCAAUUACGCCAUAAAUACUGGAUACCCCAGGGACGAUCUGUUGUAUCAAACUACGUCAAAAAGUGUAUUCUAUGCAUUAAACUCAAUGUCAGCCCUUACAAACUUCCAGCUAUACCAGCUUUACCGGUCGAUCGCGUUACACCGUCCGCACCAUUUUCCUUUACAGGAAUCGAUUAUUUAGGACCGUUGAUUUUAAACGACAGUUUAAAUCAAAUUACAACGGAAGAUGAGAAAGAACAAGAAGAGUUGGAUAGUAUUAGUGAAGGAUUAUUAGAAUUAUCGUACAAGUACGACGAGGCUGUUAUUCGAGCAGAUAUUGUACUAGAAAAUUUACGUAGAUCGUUACAACGUUUUUUGCAAGUUGAUUUACCUAAUACAAACAAUAUUCCAUCUGGAGCGAUUACAGCUAAUGGCAAAUCGAAUGUUCGUUUGCCUAAGCUCGAAAUUGAGAAAUUCGAUGGCGAGACCUUAAAAUGGAAAGCUUUCUGGGGUGUAUUUGUUUCGGCAAUACACGAAAAUUCGACGCUAAACGUUAUCGAAAAAUUUACAUAUUUACGAUCUCAAUUAAAUGGUGACGCAUUUAAAUUAAUCGCAAGUUAUCCAGUUGCAGCCGAAAACUAUCAUCCGGUCGUUCAAGUAUUAAAAGAAACGUACGAUAAUAAUGUCAAAAUAGCGGAUAAUCAUUUCUAUUCCCUAUUUAAAUUAACGAUGGCGGACAACAAUAAAAUCUCAUUGCGAGCAAUGUUAAUUAACUUUGACACACAUUUGCGUGCACUUGAAGCGCUAGAAAUCGAAACUGAACACCGUUGCAUAUUCAAUUUAUUUUUGUCCAAAUUACCGAACGAAAUCAGAUUAAAAAUUAAAGAAAGACAAGAUAUCUAUCAAUGUAGUCGGCUUUUCAUAGUGAAAAAUUCUCGGUCUCAGAACCUGAACUAA